AUGUCUUACAACAACGAUAACGACCGCUCUUACGGCUCUGGAGGUAGCGACUCCUACGGUUCUUCUGGUCGUAACGAUGACAAUGACAACUCCUACGGCUCCUCCAACCGUAGCGGCAACGACUCAUAUGGAUCAUCCAACAACAAUGACUCGUACGGCUCCAGCAACAACGAUUCCUAUGGAUCGUCUGGCCGUGGUGGUAACACCUCUUCCUACGGCUCGUCCGGUCGUGACAACGACAACGAUAACUCCUACGGCUCCUCCAAGAAGGACUCGUACGGUUCCAGCAACAACGAUUCAUAUGGAUCUUCCAACAAGAGCGACUCUUACGGCUCCUCCAACAAGGACUCGUAUGGCUCUUCCAACAACGACUCCUACGGAUCGUCUGGCCGCACCGGCAACACCUCUUCUUACGGCUCUUCCGGUCGUAACAAUGACAACGACGAUGACAACUCCUAUGGCUCCUCCAAGAAGGACUCAUACGGAUCCAGCAACACUGAUUCCUACGGUUCCUCUGGACGUAACACCGACUCCUAUGGAUCGUCUGACAAGUCUGACUCCUACGGCUCCUCGAAGAAGGACUCGUACGGCUCCAGCAACAAUGAUUCGUAUGGAUCUUCCAACAACGACUCCUACGGCUCGUCCAACAAGAGCGACUCCUACGGUUCCUCCAACCGCAGCGGUAACGACUCUUACGGUUCUAGCAACAAGGACUCCUAUGGCUCUUCCAACAACGAUUCCUAUGGCUCGUCUAACCGCAGCGGCGGUGACAGCACUUUCGGCAAGGUCCUGGAGAAGGCUGGGGACCUGCUGGGCAGCGACUCUCUGCAGGAGCGUGGCCAGGAGCGACGUGAGCAGAAGCGCUCGGAUGAUGACUACUAA